UGUUGAUAUACCUAGUAAUUUUAGAACGAAGAAGAAGAACCAACCUUUUAAUUUGUUAUGUUUAUGUAAAUGGUGACAACAAAUUAGCUAUCCAGAUUAAGACUAGGAAAAUACAGAAAGUUCAAGCAAUGGAUAACAAUUCGAGAAAACGACGUACAUAUGUAUCUGUUAGACAAAAAAAGAAAUUGCUGGAACUAUUAACAAAAAAUCCCGGUCUAAUUUCUCGUAAAACGUCUCAAACCACGGGUUUCAAUUCUAUUAAAGAUUCGCAAAGCUUGUGGGUAAACAUAGCCAAUGAAUGUAAUGCUAUUCCGGGUGCACGAAAAACAUGGAGACAAUGGAGAAAAACAUGGCAAGAUUUGAGAUCAAAAACUAAAAAACGUCACCAGGAUAGUAAUGGUGAACUACCAAGGCAUAACUUGACUGUGCCUGAAAAGGAGGUGUUGGGUAUCAAUCCACUGAGUGAUGGUUUAAAGCAUGAAGAAGCAUCAAGUGAAUUUAUAUCAUUAAAUGAUAACAUGGAGGAUAGCUUUAGUGAACGAUCUGAACAAUCUAUAAAUGAAACUCAUUCACCUAUAGAACCCAAAGUUUUUGAAAUAAAUCCAUCAAAAUCUAAAACUAAGAAUAAAUCCAGUUACUUCGCAGGCAGUACUUUUAAUUGUGAAUUAUUGGCUGAGCAAGAGCAACGGAAAAUAAAAAUUAAGGAAGACUAUCUCAAUUUUAAAAAGGACUAUUUAAGACAAAAACUUAAGUUGUUAAGAGAACAAACAGAUGCUCUCAAAAGUAUUGCUCAUGAACUGUCUAAAUAAUAGGACUGUUCGUGUAUUGAGGGUGUAGUGCUUCACUGGUCUAGUCAGAUGCUGGGAGCUUAGUGUGUGUUUAUGACUUUAUUCAAAAGAAUCCGGUGGCAUCCAUAGUGGCCAUGGUGAAUGGAGAGGUGUGUUGGGCAAACUUGCAGAACAGUGUACAGUGAUGUGAAGUUUAUCAUGAAAUAUUUAUUUUCUCCUUGAUUUUCUAUAACUAAGACGAGUAUAACAUAUUCAAAUUAAUUAUUUUUCCAAUGAUUAAAACAUGUGCAAGUAUGACUGAAUUUUACUUCUGACUUGCUGAAAAGUAUGCAAAACAUUGGGAUUUAUAUCAGAAUUAUAUACAUUUAAAUUUUUAGAAAAA